GGCACACCGAAAUUAUUGAAAACAUGAACCCCAAAACUUUCCAAGUAUUUUCCUUGAAAUAAUUGUUUUUUCUCUGUCAGGCCUUAAAAACUGCUACUUUUCUUAUUCCAUGACUUCUCAAAUACAAAAGGGCUGCACCUCUUGCAUUAUUGGAAGAAGCAGAUUUGUGGAACGUCAGUCUAAGCGUCCUCGUCUUCUAUAUUAAGCUGUAAUCUCUGUUAGCAGAGAAUCCAAAUGUCUGAGGGUUCAGCUGAUAGUGUCAUAAUUCAUAUCCACUGUCAGCUUGAUGGCUUGCCUUCGACACCCGCGAAGCCAACUAUCUUGAGAGUCGAUAGUCAUCUACGAAAUGAUAAACGGAACAAUGUUUAUGAUCCAGAAAUACUUGCUAUUGGCCCUUAUCACCACGGGAUUUCUAGAUUGCAGAAUAUGGAACAGCUCAAGUACAAUUACCUAAAGCGAUUUCUUAAACGUAAAAACGAGCAAAGUGUGGAGAGAUAUGUCACUGCCGUGGCGGCUAUGGAAAAGCGAGCACGAAAAUGUUAUGCCGACCCUCUUGAUCUUGACGAAAAUGCAUUUGUGACAAUGAUGGUACUUGAUGGUGUCUUUCUCAUUGAACUAUUUCGCUAUAGUGGUUUCAAGCAUCUGAGAGACACCGUUGAUCCUAUUUUUAGACACGAAAGGAUUUUGAGCCAAUUGCGCCACGAUGUUCUUUUGCUCGAGAAUCAGCUUCCAUUUUUCGUCCUGAAUCAGCUGUUUAACAUGACCAAGACCGACGAAGAUCCAGAUGACCUGAUCGCUCUUGCUUUGCGUUUUUUCAACGGCAUGUUUCUAAACUUGUCUGCAUCGAGAGUCUUGGCAAGAUUGCCUGUCAAGAAUAUCGACCAUCUUUGUGGCCUGAUUCACGACGUCUGGUGUCUUCCUUUUGUAGAGACAAUCUCACAUAAGAGUAACGAAAGAGACGAGUGGGAUAAUAUAAACUCCAUCUCAGGCCUCCGGGAGGCAGGAAUAAAGUUCAGAAAGGCGAAAGGAAACGAAAACCUGAUGGACAUCAAAUUCGUAAACGGCGUGCUGAGGAUUCCAGAGUUGAUCAUAUACGAUGAGACAGAGUCACAAUUCAUGAAUCUAAUAGCAUAUGAACAACUCCUGCCUGAUGGAGAACAGCGAUACGUCUCAGACUACACAUUCUUCAUGCAUUGUCUCAUUAACACCUCAAAAGACGUCGAGCUACUACGUACUCGUGGGAUAAUAGAGAACUGUUUGGGGGACGAUGAAGAAGUUUGCCAGAUGUUUAAUCGUCUGGGAAGAAACAUCCUAACAUCUUCAGGUUUCUGUUAUUCCCAAGUCUUCUGCAGUGUGAAUAGGCACUGUCAGCGUCGUUCCAAGAAAUGGAACGCAAAUUUGCGUAGGAAUUACUUCAAUAGCCCCUGGUCGAUCAUCUCGUUUCUUGCUGCCUUUGCGCUGCUAGUUCUCACCUUCACACAGACCACAUACACCGUUCUUACAUACUACAAUCGUAAGGGGUGAUUGCAGUUGGCAUUGUUAUCAAACAAACGGUGAUCGAAGCCGAGAUUCGUGUUGUGUUUUUCGAGUUUGUGCCUUAAAGAUUCCCUCUUAGGAUGUCUAGUUGUGGUAUACUGUCAAAGAUUACAUUCAUACCUUAGUCA